GUAAGUUACAAGGGCUUACCACGUCUGCAACCGAGAGGGAGCAAGAGAGAAGCGAAUGAAAAUAACCAGGCAGAGAAGUGGGAAAACAAAGAAGACGAACGUAACACAAGACAAUAGGAGGCCUAAUAGAAUAUUUAAGUACAGUUUUAUAAUAUUGCACAACCGUCAUUUACCUUUUAUAGAACAAAAUCGUGUUGUAAAGAAUCGUUUUACAACUCUCGACCGUUCUUAUUCUUGUCUUGUUAAUGCUUGGAGUGCUAUAAUCUUUAUUAUUUAGUUUUUUUUGUCUCCGAGAAUUUUUGUGAUGUUUUGACAAAAUACGGAAAAGUGGACAAUAGAGGGGAGCUUUAGAAGAAGUGAUCUAAAGAGACAGAAAACGUCUUUUGUGCUUGUGUUACUGGUAUGUUCCCCGCAAUGCUGCUCCGGGUCCCGACGUUGCUGCUCACGCUAACAUGCGGACUAUGCGCUAACGGAGCAACCACGCAGCAAGACAUCAACCCAGAGGCUUGGCUACAGCAGUAUGGUUACCUGCCCCCAGGUGACCUCCAUGCCCAGUCGCUCCGCUCACCACAGUCCAUCACCCAGGCCAUCGCCACCAUGCAGAAGUUCUAUGGCCUGACGGUCACCGGGCACAUGGACCCGAGCACCACUGCGGCAAUGAAGCGACCGCGGUGUGGCGUCCCAGACAAGUUCGGCUCCGAGCUGAAGAGCAACCUGAGGAGAAAACGCUACGUCAUUCAGGGCCUGAAGUGGGACAAGAAGGAGAUCACCUUCAGCAUACAGAACUACACCCCUAAAGUGGGAGAGGCCGAGACUUUCCGAGCCAUCCGACGGGCUUUCAAGGUGUGGGAGAGCGUGACCUCACUGCGCUUCCGUGAAAUCCCAUUCAAGAGCAUCCGCGACAAGCCCGCCAACUUCGCUGACAUCAUGCUUUUCUUCGGCGAGGGUUUCCAUGGCGACAGCACUCCCUUUGACGGGGAGGGGGGCUUCCUGGCACACGCGUACUUCCCCGGCCCUGGUAUAGGGGGCGACACGCACUUUGAUGCCGCAGAGCCUUGGACCUCUGGCACCACAGACCAAGGGGGGAAUGACGUGUUCCUUGUGGCUGUGCAUGAGCUGGGCCACGCCCUUGGCCUGGAGCACUCUGGGGACCCCAGUGCCAUCAUGGCGCCAUUCUACCAGUGGAUGGACACUGAGAACUUCAUUCUACCGCUGGACGACCGCCGGGGCAUCCAGCAGAUCUACGGGUCAGGUGGUGCGCCUCCACCCCCCUCCCCCCCCCCAAGACCCCCGAAAAAACCAGAUCCCCCCUCCCAUGGCCCCAGUAUCUGUGAUGGCCACUUCGACAGCAUUGCCAUAUUGCGGGGAGAGAUGUUUGUCUUUAAGGACACGUGGCUGUGGCGUGUGCAUGAUAACCAGGUUCUGCAAGGCUACCCCAUGCCUAUCGCACACUUCUGGCAUGGAUUGCCCGGAUCCAUCAAUGCUGCAUAUGAGAGAACUGAUGGAAAGUUUGUCUUCUUUAAAGGGGACAGGUACUGGGUAUACAGUGAGUCCACCUUAGAGCAGGGCUACCCCAAGCCACUGAAGGAACUGGGCAGUGGUCUCCCCAAAGACAGGCUGGAUGCCGCACUCCUCUACACCCCCAACGGCAUGACCUACUUCUUUAGGGGGACCAAGUAUUACCGGUUCAAUGAGAACACUCACUCUGUGGAUCCGGAAUACCCCAAGCCUAUCAGCGUGUGGAAGGGCGUACCCGACAACAUUAAGUCUGCCAUCAUGAGCAAGGAUGGAGCACACACCUACUUUUACAAGGCCAACAAGUACUGGAAGUUUGACAACCAGCAGCUGAGGGUGGAGCCAGGUUACCCCAAGUCAGUGCUGCCUGACUGGAUGGGCUGUGGCGGCAUGGAGCCCAGGAUACCUGGCUCGGAUGAGGAGGUGAUCACCGUGGAGGUGGAGGAGGGGGCCGGGGUCGGCCUGGCGGCCGUGAUGCUACCCCUGAUCCUGCUGGUGUGCGUGAUCUGCGCGCUCGGAGCCCUGCUAUUCUUCCGCCGAUACGGCACGCCCCGGCGCCUGCUCUACUGCCAGCGCUCCCUGCUGGACAAGGUGUAAGGGUACGGCGAGCAGGGGGGAGGGGGGGGAGGAGGCGGAGCUCGGAGGCGAAGAGCGGGAGAGUGAGACAGCUUGGGUGUAAGCAGAUGUGGGAGAACGAGACGGAAAGGAAGAAAGGCUGGUUAGAAGAGUGGGAAUAGGUAGAGGAAGACAAAAAAGGCAGGAAAAUAGGGGUUUCGAAGAGUUUUUGUGUAUCUUUUUAUAGCUCUAUAUAUGUACAUCCCUGUCCUCUUGCAGCAGAACAGAUCCGGACCAUGUGGAGAGGUACUGCAGCUAAUUACUCGCCAUUACUCUGUUCCACACAAAAAUCAGAUACAUAGAAAAAUAAAUUGAAUUCUACUGAUAUAUGGACAUUUAAUUCCCAAUGUUCCUUUUUAUCCCUCCACCCCUUCAAUCCCCUUCAUCUCUCCAUCCCUCUUUCGUCCGGUUUGACUCCAGCUUAGUUGCUGUUGACUUAGCAUUUUCAAGAUAUGGAGUUUUUUGUAGUUUUUUAUUACCUGGAAUUCCGACCUGGGGAGCAGCCCAGCCCGCAGCCCCCUGCCCCCAGGAUCCUGGCCUGGGGUCCCCUGGUCCGCCAUCAUGGGGUCAGUUCUGGCUCAGCUGGGAUGUUCCUCAUCUCGCUAUCCAGCUGAGUCCUUUGUGGAGUAGAACCAAAUUCAGAUGUGAGGCAGCAAUUACACCCAAAAAUAAAGGCAGACCCUGUUCCUGCAACACAGCACGGCCCUACUGCAGCCAGCCUGACACCCCAGUGCAGCACUGCAUCGUAUAACACAGAACCCUUCCAUGACAUGCAAAUAGCAAGGCGCAGUGGGACCCAGUCCAGCUAGAAGGGAUAGGCAGGGUGAAGUAGGAACAGCUAAAUAGAGUGAGCUUUCAUAUGACUGUGGCCAGUGAUCAACAAAGAAAGUCCCACACAACAAUAAAAGAAUUUUGAAGUGAUGCUCUAUCUGUUAUUUAUGCUUAUGAUUGAUUCAUUGGAACCAAAGAAACGCAGCGGUGGUUGGAUUUUGUAAUCAGGUUCUGUUUCUGUACAUAGUAACUCUGAGCUACAGAUGAGAUGCUUAGAGGCAGUGAGAAUGCAAGCAUUUGUCCAGGCAGUGAUAAAGGGCAGCACAGAUAGUUUUGGUGAUUCCAUGUGCAGUUCCUGAACAUCUCUGACAAGAUGUUCCCUUUCUCCUGAACCCUUCAACUACUGGCAGCACUUUCAGUUCUGUGGAACACUUCCAGUUGGAUCUCGUCCUAUUGUGUUCUGCAAAGGUCUACUGCAUCAUUUGUCACGCCAUUUCUGUAGACCUCUACGACACUUUAGUUCUAGGAAGUGUUCUGUAACGUUACGAGAUUCUUGAUGGGGUCUAUACAGAACUGUUUAUCUGUAUAGCUUCUGUGCCUUCUGUAGUGCUGUGACGCAUUCUACAGAGUUAUAUAUGACCAUUCAGCUUUGGACAGGGAAGUGCCACCCGUGUGAAUCAGUGGCACAGGAGAACAUCUGUGGUCUGCCCUGGUGGGCAUCUGCUCAUACCCGCCUGCCAGUCAUGUGCACUCACAUGAGUUGGCUUCCACUUCCAGGAAAGUAGUGAUUCACAGUAGCUACUGGCGGCAUAGGACUGCUAGGCCAUUGUGUUUUAUAAAGAAGGCUCUUGCAGCUCGUUAAAGACGAGUGUAUGCACAGGAAAUGUUUUCAGAACCUUGAACAAUGCAAGCGAUCACACCUGCUGUUAUAUCAUCAUAUGUCAGUGAUUUGCACCUGUACCACCAAUGAAAUUACACGAGUGGCCGUUCCUUCAAGCUGAUUAAAGCUAGAGUAACAAUUAAAGCAUAAACGAUUAAACUCAUUGGACAGUGCAGCAUGUCCCCAGUGAUGAUACAUCACCCCCCAAAACAUAACUGAAAUAUAAUAAUAAUGAUGUUGACUCAUUUUGGUCGGCUGGUUCAUUUCUGGUGUGACAUCACCUAGGCGAUAGACUGGGGGCGAGGGAAAGAGUGGGGGUGUUAGCCUCUAAGCCUGUCUGCUCAGUUCUCCAUGUUGUGCCCGGAAACGCACCCUGCCAACCUGCCACGCACAGCAGCUUCUGUCCUUCACAUGUUCUCCAACGCAGGUCCAUCCCAUCCCGGGGAUGGUGUGUCUGCUAGUGUUUGUAGCGCUUGAGCUUUUGUUGUGAACGGACAAUGAUUUCUCAGAUUUCGACCAUCCUGACAUGUAUAUAAAGACAUUGUAGGAGGUGUAUUUGUAAGGAUAAAACUGCAUUGUCACGGAGAUAGUUAUGAAUGAUUAACUGAAUGUUUAGUUUGUAUAAAUUACUGAUAUAAUUAUGAACCAUUUUGUUUGAAGGCAUAUAUAGCAUGUUUCUUAGGACAAGUCGGUCAAAUGGGUCACUGCCUUCACCUUUUAACAGCUCUGGCACAAACAGGAGUGUUUAGGUUCAGUCCGGCCUUGAUAAAUGCAUGAGGACAUCUAAGGAGAUGGAAGCGGUGACACAGGGACUCAACAGUAAGGGUCUCAGCCCAGGUACAGGCGGGAUCUGGAUGGGAAAGGAAGAAUCAUAACAAUGAACAGGCAGAGCAAGAGAUGGGGAAACAAAAUGUCAUUUAGUUUGGAGGGUGGGACAGAGUGAAUGCAGCCUCUGGGAAGGGAGGCAACACAGAGGUCUACUGGGGAGCAGAGGUGGGCAUUUCAGGUCCGGAAAGUAAAAAUCCAGACCAUGAUUUUCUUUCAACCAACCAGUUGAAUAUAGCGAGUCACAGUGACAGAGUGUUCAACUGGCUGGUUGAAACAAAAUCCUGGUCUGGAUUUUCCACCUAUGCUGGGGAGAAACCUAAACACACAAAUUUAUAUGAAAAGUUAUAUGCAGGCAGGCAGAAGAAAUAAGCGUGAAUAACUACAGCGACCUGCGUUUGCCCUGCUCACAAAGAGGGGGGAGCUAAGGCCAGCAUACCCACUGGCUCCCCGGGUCCGGCAUCGGGAGGCCCUGCUGUAAUGACACCAUGUGCACAGAGUCAGUCCACGCCUCGGUAAAAGCUGAUUGUCAUUGACACUUGUGUAACAGGAAAGCCUGUAGGCCACAAGUCUCCAGUCUCAGCAAAGCAAAGCCAAUAGAUCACAGUCUCACUGAUGUCCAGGUAAUGGGAAAGAGUAUCAAAGGUUCUUUGGUAAAGGUUAUCUAGACGAUCACUGAGAUUGUGAUCAGUUAAUUUCAAUGAACUAAUGAAUUUAUCCUCUCUAGGUCUAUUUCUAAACAAAGAGCAGAGCUGUUUGUCCUUGUGCAAUUGUUUGUUACUAAUCCAUAUACUAGACUUAUUAUUGUGUUUGUUGUGGUUCCUAUUUUUGUUAUCAUGACAUUAUCAUUAUUGUUAUUGUCCUCCAUGGGUGUUUUUUACCUGCACAGUUUCAUUUCGGGUCCUGCUGGUCAGGGACCUAAGGUAACAGUUUUGAAAAUGGCUUCCCUAUUUACUUUGAUUGUGGAAUGUGGUGUAUAAUUUGGGGCUAAGGCUAUUGUUUUGUUUAAAACAUACUUGAUCUCACCUCUCUUGAUAUAUAAAAUAGGAAAUGUAUUAAAAAAUAUUUUGUGAUCAUCAUUGUGAACUGCUCCUAUAAUGAAAUUUCAGCAGUUAAUUGUAUGGAAUGAUAUUACUAAAAAAAAAAAUAAUUACGAUAAUAGUAAUAUUUAUAAUUAUUAAAAAAAUAGGAAUGAGGAUUUGCCUGUUUUCACUUUUUUGUAUUGCUCUCAUCAAAACUCAAAUAAAACAUUUUAUAAAA